UGUCGCGAGUUACGUAUUUGUUGCGAUGCACGCGCUCGUUUUAGAUGAUCAAAACCCAUUUUUUUUACAAUGGCGCCAGCCAUACUUCCGAUAGAAAUUUCUGCCAUAAAUAAGGAACGCAGUAUAUUAAAUACACAGUAAUUACGACAAAAUUCGUGUGCAUUCGAUGUCAAUUUUACGCGCGAUUUAAAAGAAACGAAGAAAAAAUACUUUUGUUAAGUACAUUAUCCACAGCAUUCUCAGUAGAUAAACUAAACCCAUAAAUUCACCAAACCACCUAAAUUUUUGUUAAGCAACCUUUUUACAAGGUAUUUCACUAACAUUUUCAACCUAUUUCCUAUAUAGAUCAGCGUUUCUCAACGUGGGGCCCACGCCCCACAGGAGGUUCGAUUCGAAAAUGGACUCGUCCAGAAUUUAAAUUAAUUGUGUAAAAACACUGAUAAAGACCAUUCUCAGAUUUUAGAACGCAAUAUAAAUGUUCCAAAAUGGAACAUUUAUAUAUUUCGAAUUUAUAACAUUUUUAAAUUUAAGAAAUAAUUUAAAAUAAAUGAAAAAAUAGUAAACUAAGUUAAAAAACCCGUAAAUGUAUCAUUUGUGGUUAAGUCCCAUUCUAUUUUCUAUUAUAUUGAUAUAUUUCCACGCUGUUGGAAGCACAUGAGCAUCCAUAGAAUUUAAGCAACGGUUUUUUUUUAUUUUGCUUAAUUAACGGUUUAACGAAAGUACUACUGGCGCCAUAAUAAAAAAGAAUUUUGAUCUUUUCAAACGAGCGUACGUAACUGGCAACAAAUCUCGUUAUAUCGAGUGAUAAUAAAUAAAACCAUAUUAUUCGAAUCGGCAUAAAACGAUGGCCAACGAAUUAACCGAGGAACAGAUCGCCGAAUUCAGAGAGGCGUUUUCUCUGUUCGACAAAGACGGCGACGGGCACAUCACCACCGAAGAACUGGGCACCGUCAUGAGAUCUCUGGGCCAAACUCCCACCCAAGCCGAAUUGCACGACAUGAUCAAAGAGGUGGACACCGACGGAAGCGGCAGCAUCGAAUUUGCCGAGUUCCUGAAUCUGAUGGCCAAGAAGAUGAAGGAGGCCGACGACGAAAACGAGAUCAUCGAGGCCUUCAGGGUCUUCGACAAAGAUGGCGACGGUUACAUCCAUAUCGAAGAACUUCGCGACGCCAUGAUGAAUCUGGGCGAAAAGUUGACGGCCGAAGAGACCGAAGAAAUGAUUCGUGAGGCAGACAUCAAUAACGACGGGUUGAUUAAUUACGCCGAAUUUGUCAGGAUGAUGUCCGAAAAAUGAGACCGCUCCUUAGAAUUACGAAUAUCCAAUUUGUUCUUUCAGAAGGGUUAUUUACUUAUCCUAAAUUUCAUUAAAAUUGUAAUUUUGAGUUACUA